CUGUACUCAUGCCUGAGCCCAGCCCACUUGUAGCCCUAUAUUUAAGAUAGCAAUCCAGUGGACCAACCUCAACAUCGGCGCUUACAAACCCUAAUCAGAGGGUUUUCUCUUACAGGUGAAGUUUGAAGAAGAGAUCUUUGAGCCAUGAGUAAGCUCCAAAGUGAGGCCGUCAGAGAAGCUAUCUCUGUGAUUAAGAAUGAUUCAGCAGAGAAGAAAAGGAAGUUCAGCGAGACCAUUGAACUCCAGAUCGGUCUGAAGAACUAUGACCCGCAAAAGGACAAGCGUUUCAGUGGAUCUGUGAAGUUACCACACAUUCCUCGCCCUAAGAUGAAGAUCUGUAUGCUUGGAGAUGCUCAGCAUGUAGAGGAGGCAACAAAGAUUGGUUUGGAGUACAUGGAUGUUGAAGGCUUGAAGAAGCUUAACAAAAACAAGAAGCUGGUGAAGAAGCUUGCAAAGAAAUACCAUGCUUUCUUGGCUUCAGAAUCUGUCAUCAAGCAGAUUCCCCGUUUGUUGGGGCCUGGUCUGAACAAGGCAGGUAAGUUUCCCACCCUUGUUACACACCAGGAGUCGCUUGAAUCCAAGGUUAAUGAGACCAAGGCUACAAUCAAGUUUCAAUUGAAGAAGGUGCUUUGCAUGGGAGUUGCUGUUGGAAACAUGGAUAUGGAGGAGAAACAGAUCUUCCAGAAUGUGCAAAUGAGUGUCAAUUUCCUUGUGUCAUUGCUGAAGAAGAAUUGGCAAAAUGUGAGGUGCUUGUACUUGAAGAGCACCAUGGGAAAAACCCAACGUAUCUUUUAAGGAGAUUUUUGUUUCAUCGUUGUAAAAUUUCAGGCGUUCUGGUUGUGUGAGCUGUCGACACUCCUGAAAAUUUUGGGUAGUUGCCGUUUUUGUUCUGUUUGAAUAUUAUAAAACUAUUAGGGAUUGGUUUGCUUUCAACUUUUCUCUUGCUUAACUAUGUUAUUACUGAUUGAAA